AUCCGAUAACGUUCGCGUGACGUGAACGGCCUGUAACAGAAAUCAAUCGGCAGUAACGAAAUUGGAAUUUCGUGUCAUUGUUGUGAUAAACCAGCUCGCCGAAACACGAUUACAGGCGACGAGGAAAGUCCACUGUGAACCGGUUGGUUGGCCGAGGUAUUUUCGUAGCGAUUACGUAGCGACGACUGCGAGCUGCGAGUCGAUUGCCGCGAUGAUCCGCGCUUAGUGGAGUAAGGAACGAUCUAGAGUAUGCUUCAGCGAUAUCGGAAUGUCGCAUGGCGAUAAACAAGAGUCUCCAAGGACAUGCCAGCUGCCGUGUGUGAUCAGUCAGUCCGGAUAGUUUUCAGUGCGCGAACGUUCCGAGCGACGAGCGAUGGAGAAUUUUUUCGGCAGGAGCGAAGACUCCGACCUUCGGCUUCGUCUCAGGCAGCUGCUGACAGCUCUGGGCCCACUGUUGGGUGUCUUCAUGGCGGGCCUGUCGUCGGGCUACAGCGCCGUCUUGUUGCCGGAGCUGCACGCACCGACUACCAUAAUCAACGGCAGCGCGGCUAAUCUCACCGACGACGACAUCGUCGUGUCCAGCGUGGACGAGGAGUCCUGGAUAGCCUCCUCGGUGUUGCUCCCGAUGGCGCCAGGCUGCUGGAUGUCCGGAUUCCUGAUCGAGAAGCUCGGCAGGAAGAGGUCCACGUUGGCGAUCUUCCCCGUCUUCAUGGCCGGCUGGCUGACGAUCGGCCUCGCCUACAACGUCGCCUGCAUCAUAAUCGGAAGAGUGAUCUGCGGGUUCUGCGCGGGCCUGUUCGGCCCGCUGGCCCCCGUCUACAUCAGCGAGACGUCGGACCCCGUGCUACGCGGGGUCCUGCUCAGCCUGAUCUCCGUGACACUUUCGGUCGGUAUUCUGGUGGUGCACGCUGUCUGCAUUUGGCUGCACUGGCGAAUGACCGCGUACAUCUGCGUCGCCUUCGCCGCUAUCGGCCUGCUGACUGCCUUAGCGUCGCGGGAGAGCCCCACCUGGCUGAUAAACAAAGGUCGGACGGACGAGGCGCUCGAGUCGUGGGUGCGUCUACGCGGCUGGCGAUCGUUGAGCGAGUAUCAGGCCCUGGAGAACUCGAAGACCGCUCGGCGGAAGUCCGCCGAACGGUCGGUUUGCUCGCGCGUCAAAGAGACCGCGACCUCGAGGUACUUUCUGUGGCCGCUCAGCAUACUCUGCGUGUUCUUCUUCGCCGCUCAAUUCUCCGGUUACAACGUCGUCAUCUUCUACUCCGUGGUCAUGCUGAUGGAGGUGACCGGGCCCGAUUACGCUUACGUCGGCACACUGGUCAUCGACGUGGCCCGCUUGAUUGUCAGCGUGCUCACCUGCUACCUGAUCAAACGCUGCAACAGGAGGACCCUGACCCACGUGUCCGGCUGCGGAACGUCUUUCUUUCUGUUCCUGUUGAGCCUGUGCCUGUACCACGACGUCGGCAGACCGUGGUGGCCCUGCGUCCUGCUCGUGAUCUACAUCGUGUUCAUGACGAUCGGUCUGACGCCUCUGCCGUGGAUACUCUGCGGCGAACUGUUCCCCAGGAAGUUCCGGGGCCUCGGGUCCGGCCUGACCUCCGGCUUCGCCUUCAUCUUCUCGUUCACGGUCGUGAAAAUCGUGCCGGCGAUGUUCCUCGCGCUCGAGACCCACGGAACUUUCGCAAUUUACGGGAUCCUCACGCUUCUCGGAACCGGCUUCUUGUACUGCACGCUGCCGGAAACCAAGGACAAGACCCUGCUGGAGGUUGAGAGGGCUUUCGACAGGAAGUCGGACAAGUCGGACAGGUCGGAGUCCAGGAACGUCGCGGAAGUUUCGACGAACGAACAGAAGAACCCGUGAAAAUUGGCGGACUCUUUUUUCCUGGUACUCUUCGUGUUCGAGUUGUCCAAAGUUGGUUUUUGAUUAGAGUGAUCGAAGUAUAGUUAUUUCUGUCGAAAAUGCAGGUCGGAAUUGAAGCCGACAGAUCUGAUUAUAUUAUAUAUUAUAUUAUAUAUUAU